AUGGUGCCCGCAAUGCCCCCAGGAAACCAAGGCAAGCGCCCAGCUAAGAAGAAAAGGAGACAGUGCGAUGAGGGUCCCUCCCCUGGACACAUCUCCUCAGUAAACACUCCGCUGCUGGGCGAAAGGGCCUCCCAACUGUGCUCAUCUCUUUCCUGCUGUGUAUCUCCACUGCCAUUCAUUAAAAUGUUGAAUCCGCAACACAAAGCACGGCUGGAGCGCCGGAUCGUUGGCUCAACCAACCGGUGGCGUUUGCCUCAAGAGCCUUUCUUCGGGGACCUGCUGGCACUUCCCCAGAUGUGCCAGGCUUUGGGCAUAGACAUUGAGGAAACUCUGAAGAACCCAGAAAGGUUACGUAUUCCAAAAAUCCAGAAAAUUUUCACUGAGACUUUGAAGGACAAGGCCAGCCAAAAUGGGGAAGCAGACGUGACUCUCGAAUGCCUGGGCUUCAAGUGGGAACUCCACCAGCCCCAGCUGUUCCAGUCGGAGACCUUGACCAAGCUGUACUUGGCAGCCCUGGGCCGGGGCGGUUCAAGCCCCCACCGAGGUAAUUUCCCACGGACCCAGGCUCUGUUGCCUGGGAAGGUCCAAGAACGCUCCUGUGUAAAGAGGAUGAUCAUUUCCCUAAAGAUCAACGAUCCAGCGGUCACCAGAGUUGCCUUCGCCACGGCUCUGAAGAACCUCUACCUGAAGGAUGAGGAGAUGAACGUGGAAGAAGUCUUGGGCGUGCUGGCCUCCGCCCACGUCCUGCAGUUCAGCCGCCUGUUCAAGAGAUGUGUGGUCACGAUGAUGAAUGGACUCAGGCCAAGCACCAUCAAGAACUUCUACCUGGCUGGCCUCAGGUACAAGGAAGAGCAGCUCACGACCGCUUGCGAGAAGUGGCUGGAAAUGAACUUGGUCCCUCUGAUGGCGACCCAGAUCCAUCUUCGGCAUAUCCCUCAGGAGCUGCUCCAAAAGGUGCUGAGGUCCCCCAGGUUGUUCACCUUCAGCGAGUUUCAUCUUCUGAAAACUUUACUCAUGUGGGCCUACCUGCAGCUGAACAGCAAGAUCCAGGCAAUCCCCAUCCACGAGACCAUGCUGACGUUUUUCAACAGCUUUCCCAAGAAGUGCUGCUUUCUGGACCGAGACAUAGGACAGAGCUGGCUGCCGCUGUUCCUUUGCUUGCGUCUGCACAGCAUCACUAGCGGUAAGGAUCUGGAGGAGUUAAGGCACAUUAACUUCUUUCCCGAGUCCUGGCUGAUCCGGGUUACAGCCAACCAUUACCACGCAGUGGAGAGCGGAGGUGACAUGGCCCACCUAAAAGAUCUGACCACCCAGGCUGUGAGAUUUGGGCUGCUUUUUGACCAGGAGAACACCACUCAUUCAAAGAUGAUUUCUAUAUAUGGAUUCUUCUUUGAGAUAAAGGGAAUCAAACAUGACACCACCUCUUACAGUUUUUACAUGCAGAGAAUAAGGCACACAGACUUGGAUUCCCCCUCUACCAUCUGCGAGCACAGUGCUGUCAGCCUGAAGUCAGAGCGUCUGGUGAAGUAUGAGAUCCGAGCCCAGACCCUGGUGGAAGGCAGGUGGCAGGAGUUCAGCACUAACCAGAUCACACAGAAGUUCGGCUUCGUCCAGCCUUGCUGCAAAAGCCACGCCCUGAAAAUCCAAACUGUGGGCAUCCCGAUCUAUGCAAGUUUUGCAUUCAUCUUCCCACUAUCUUGACAGUUUCCAGAAGAUUCUAUGGGAUUCCCCCCCCAUGUGGGUCUGCAUAAAAGGAAAUAAAAUGACAUUAAAGGGGA